AUGGAACAAGGUCUCCCGCCAAAAAGCCAGUACGGCUUCCGCCGUCAUCGUAGGACCACGGACAUGAUCUUCGCCACCCGCCAACUGCAGGAGAAAUGCAAGGAGAUGCGUCACGUUCUCCAUCUCAACACAAAGCUGAAGACGUACGAUGCAGACAUCCCGUCGACCUUGCUGUAUGGAGCGGCGCCCUGGACGGUGUACCUGAAGCAGACUCAACCACUUCAACCUCAGUUGCCUUCGCCAAACACUGAAGAUGAGGUGGCGGAACCAGAUACCAGACACGGACUUACUGGGGCGGACGCGAGUCCUCAGCAGCUACGCUAUGCUGACACAACUGCAACUACGCUGGAGCGGCCACCCCGUGCGAAUGAAUGA